AUGACUCAGACAAUUACUUUUGUCACUGGUAACCAAAACAAACUAAAGGAGGUUGUCUACAUCCUCGGAGGCACCGAAUCCGAAGAAGGAAAUAAGGUGGGCAACUACGUCAUCACCAACAAGUCGCUAGACAUUGAAGAAGUUCAAGGGACCAUCGACGAGGUGACCAUUCAAAAAGCCCGCAGUGCUGCCAAAUUGCUUGGUGGCCCUGUUCUCGUGGAAGACACAUGCUUGGCUUUCAACGCUUUUAACGACUUGCCGGGUCCUUACAUUAAAUGGUUCGUGAAAGGCGUGGGACUCCAAGGUUUGGUGGAUAUGCUUUACAAGUUCGACGACAAGGGAGCUAAAGCUGUGUGCACCUUUGGCUACUGUGAGGGUCCAGAUAGUGAGGUUAAGUUGUUUCAGGGCAUCACUCACGGUCUGAUUGUGCAAAGUAGGGGUCAUCAGAAUUUUGGCUGGGAUUCCAUUUUCGAGCCAACUGGUUUCAACGAAACUUAUGCAGAGAUGGACAAGUCGCUCAAAAACACAAUUUCUCAUCGUUCCAGAGCAUUAGAGAAGGUCAAAGAGUUUUUGCUCAGUAAUUAG